GAGCAAUGGCCUCUGCCUCGCGAGAAUUGUAAGACUUCAAGCAUCGCGACAGAGAAACCAGCAAUCACACCAAUUGUACAGUCCCUAACAACAGCCCCAUAACUGCUCAGAUGUACACUUGAAUGGAUGGGAGCAUCAGCAUUGCGUUUGAUUUUUCCUGCAGGUGGUCUUUACCAACAGAGGGAGCUCUCUAAACUAUGAGAAGCCACAGCUUAAUUGCCCCCAUUCUCUUUUACAUUUUCCCAAUCCUGCAAAGAGUGAAUAACAAAAUGGACUAUAUCACUGGUGAUCUAUAAUUCCCAGGUCGCAUAUCUCUGCAUCCUAUAUUCUCAUCUGUAUAUCCUUAUAUGCAGGAAUUUGUAAUUGUUGUCAUUAUUUCUGUAUCAUCAAUAAGCUUCAGCUUUAAUACAGGAUUGUAGUUCCUGCUAUACGUAUAUGAUGUUUCCGUGGAUCUUCCAGAUGCUUGAUUAGCUCCUGUUUACUAGUCCCUAAAACACCUGAGAACAAGAAAACGGGUGAAGGUCGGUAAUCAAUUUUGUAGCCACUCCGACGUUCAAGUCAGUCAAGCAAACCCGUGACCGACUGGAGCGAGCGUUGAAGUGGCUAGAGUUGGCCAUAGACCUUCACCUGUUUUCUCAGGCGUGUUAGGGACUAAUAAACAGGAGCAAAUCAAGCAUAAGGAAUAUCCACGGCAACAUCAGUAUAUAAAAGCAAAUCUAUACUGACUAUUCAGAAAAAUAAAUAACAAAAUCGAUCUGUCCGAAGCACAUAGUUUCAUGCAAAUUACAACCUAACUGCGCCACGGAUAUGUGAUAAUUUCACGGUAGCACGCAAACCACUCCAGUUGUCCACAGGAGCUACGAUACCGUUCUUCAGUGGCUCUUACACUCCCUCGAAAGUGAAAAUCGAGGCCAUUAAUGGCCUCCUCCAUAGCUCCAAUUAUUGGCGCUGAAUUUAGAGCUCAUGGGUUUCGAUCAGCUGCUGCUUUAGAAGCAUUAACCAAAGCAAGAAAAGAGAAGAUCCCAAAUGUGGUGCUGUACAACUACCCUUCUUUCUCCGGAGCAUUCUCUGCUCAGUUUGCUACCCUCUUCCACUCUCGCCUCAAUCUCUCUUGCCUUGUCUUACCUUUCUCUUUUGUUGUGCCUCUCAGGUUUGAAGAUUUGGGACUUGAGAGAUGUUAUCUUCUUGAUUUUCUUGGUCCUCCAGGAUUUGCCGCUAUGCUUUCACGGCAAUCAAUGUGCAAAGUAUUAGGCUUUAAUCGCCCUCCAAGAAUUCCCUCUGCAGAGUGUGCAGGGAAAGUCACAUUUCAUGUUGAUAUUGAAGAGAGUACUGUUGUCUAUAACUAUUUCUCUAGCAAGCUUCUAGCUAUGACGUCUCAUAAUAAUAAGGGAGGAGUUAACAGAUUGUUGAACCCAGAAGACCAAGACCGUGUUGAAAUGGUUCUUAAGUGCAUUGAAUAUGCAGAUCUUCGACGUUGGAGCUUACCGGAUAUUAGAGCUUUUAAUAUUGGACAAAAUGAAUGGCGCUCGAAGAUAAAUUACAAACCCAUUUAUGCUUGA